CACAAACGGGCCGCGGAUCACGCCAAGUGAACAACUCGAGUUCAGCUAAAGUACUUACUUUCUCACUUUACGCUAGUCCUUAUAUAUAUAUAUAUAUACUCCCUUCUGCUGUUCUUCUUCUUGUACCUUACUUGUACAAGAUUGAUUCUGAGGACUCAGCACUGGUUACCUCGCGUAAUAAACUUUCUUCUUGAGUAAAAUUAGCUGAAAACACGCGUGAUACUGUCGAGGUGGAGGAGAAGUUGUCUGCUCGAAAGAAAAAGAAAACAAUUACCGAAGAUUUUAAAAAUAAGAAUAGAAUCAACAAACCGACGAGAGUGGAGUAGAGGUUAUCCUUCGACUCGAAAAUUACACUUCCUUCCGAGUUGGGUUUGUAGUCCAUCCCGGAGGUUAGAGAAACGCAAGCACCAUUACUGACAUAAUGAAGAGGGAGGCAGACGCGAUGGGCGGUCAAGGGGGUCCGAUGACCCCUCACAAACGUUACCGUCAAGGAGAUGACGAGCUACGGCUCCUUAUUCCAAGCAAGGUUGCUGGCUCUAUAAUUGGAAAGGGCGGACAGAAUAUCACGAAACUCCGUAGUCAGUACAAAGCCUCAAUCAUUGUACCCGAUUGCCCCGGACCCGAACGAGUCCUGACUAUCAGUUCGGAUUUGGAUACAGUGCUCCAGGUUCUUAAUAAAGUUGUGCCCAAUCUUGAGGAGAAUGGAACUAAACACGGAAGUGAUGAAAUCGAUAUUCGUAUGCUUGUCCAUCAAAGCCAGGCGGGUUGUGUCAUCGGGAAAGGUGGACUCAAGAUAAAAGAGCUUCGUGAGAAAACUGGCGCGAGGAUCAAGAUUUACUCAAACUGUUGUCCCCACAGCACUGAUCGUGUCAUCAGCAUUUGCGGAAAGUCUGCAACAUGUAUGGAUUGUAUCAGAGAAUUGGUUGCCACCAUAAAAACUUCACCGUUGAAGGGUAUAAAUAACCCGUACGAUCCGCACAACUAUGAUGAUUACUAUGCCGACGAGUAUGGUGGUUAUGGAAAUGGAGACGGUCAAGGUAAAUCUGGAUUUCCAGGCGGACGUGGAGGAGGUGGCGGCGGCGGCGGCGGCGGCGGUGGUGGUGGUGGCGGCGGCGGGGGUGGUGGUGGUGGAAUGCCACCCCGUCGUGAUAACCGAGGCGGCGGCCCACCAGAUAUGAAUCGCGGAUUCGUUCCACCACCCCGCGGAGGACCUCGCGGAGGCGGGGGUAGUAUGUCCGGACCACCCGAUCGCGGAUACGGCGGUAACGCUCGAGGUGGAGGUUACGAAGGCGGUAGAGGAGGUGGAGGUGGAGGUGGCGGCUACGGCGGAAACCGGGGUGGCCCACCGUCUUUCGGUGGAGGAAAUUACAACGAUAACGGAUGGGGAAUGCAAGGAAACGCUCCCAACGGACUCGGUGGAGGCGGUGGCGGUGGUGGUGGUGGUGGCAGUGGCGGCGGCGGCGGCGGCGGUGGUAACUCUGGUAUGGGUGGCCCUUCGAUGGGCGGAAAUAACCAGGGUAACCAAGGUAAUAUGGGUGGAAAUAAAACCAGUACCCAGGUUACCAUUCCAAAAGAUCUUGCAGGAGCUAUAAUUGGAAAAGGUGGUGCGCGAAUCAGAAAAAUACGAUCAGACAGUGGAGCUUCCAUCACAAUAGAUUUACCAUUACCCGGUAGCAAUGAUCGUAUAAUAACAAUAUCUGGAUUACCAAAUCAAAUACAGAUGGCCCAGUAUUUGCUGCAACAAAGCGUACAAGACAACGCAGAUCACUAUUAAAUUUCACGGACUGAUACGCUAACGGGGAGCCAAAGAUGCGUCUGAAACAUUAUUUCUUUCGUCUUUUUUUUCUUAUUAAAAAUCCAUCACCAUCAACACAACAUUAUUAAUAAUUACUAAAUAAAAACAUUGAUACAAUAACGUAGAAAAUACAUUAAUAAACAUAUUUCCAGUACACAAUAACUGUACAUUGUGUAAUAAUAUGAUUCGGAGUAAAUUAUACGAUAACAAUCAACCGCAAGUGGAACAGUAAAUUAAGUCAAUUAAUUAAGUACCACAAUAAAAUGCGAUAAAGUGUAAUUUUUUCACGUAGAUAUUUUUCAAAUAAUUAUUUUCUCUAUAUUCAAAAUCAAUCUGUAGAGUAUUUAAUCUAAUAUCUUAAAAAUUUUAUUAGAGCACUUAAAAACAACAAUAAUAGUAAAAGAAAAUAAUUAUCUACAACAACUCAUUACAAUUAUAUUUUUCUCCGAAGACUAAAAAUAAGUUAUACUUGGUAAUUUCUUUUUUAUAAACCUUUAUCGUUUGACUAAAGCCGACAUUGAGUUACAACAUUUUUUUAAUGUACAUUUUUUUUUUGGAAUUAUCUGUUUAACGAUUAAUGUAAAUAAGUAAUACCUUUAUUCUAUAAAAUAAUAUAGAAUUUACAAUUGUUUCAUUACUAUUAUUAUAAUCAUUAUUAUUAUUACUAUCAUUAUCAUUAUAACAUUUAUUGAUCAUAUUUUUCCUUGUAAUAACAUUUUUUUUUUAUUAACGACAGUCUUAAGGCUGAUUUGAGCACCGUUAAACAGUACGAACUCUUGAAGUUUGUCAUAAUAAUAAUAAUAAUAAAAAAUAAUAAUAUUAACAAUAACCUUACACAAAUAUAAGUGUACUAAGAAAUCCAACAAAAAUCAAAAAAUAAAUCGCUAAUUGUCAUUUGAAAUGGCCUAAUAGUUUUGAUUCGUCGAUUCACCGAAAUAAUUAAUGAAAUUAUUAACUUUAUACUAUUUACAACUGCAAUUCUUCUCUAAAUUUUCUUACAUCCAUAGUGUUAGUUAACGUAACAAAAAAAUAAAAUAGUCACCAUGCUUAUGGAGAAAAAUCAUGUAUAUACUUAACAUUUUUUCUCCAACUAUAGCUAUCAAAUUUUUCAAACAUCAAGUUAACAAUUUUUACAAUAAAUCUUUAGAUAAAAAUCUAGAAACUAUUCAUUUUGAAUUACAUUUUUUUUUUUUUUUUUUUUUUUUUAUUUCUUUAGUAGAUUUUUGACUUCAGCAGGCGCUUUGUUAUUAUCAAUUAUAACAACGAUAGUUAUUAUGAUUAUUAUUACAAUAUAUAACAUUUAAAUAUAUAUAUAUAUAUAUAUAUAUAUAUAUAUAUAUAUAUAUAUAUAUAAUGUUGAUAUUAAGAAACAAAUCAUCCAUUGUCGAAACUUAAGAGAUCAGAUGUAGGUCGGAAAAUUUAAAUAAAAUCGUUACAGAGAUGAUUAUCAGUUAAUAAUGUUUAUUAAAAAACUCUAAACACUCUGAUCUCUUGAAGUCUUUCAGAGUAGAAUUAUGUGGUAAUUAAAAAUUUUUUUGUGUCUUACGGAUUUAGUACGACUUUAAAUCAAAAUAGAGAAUAAACAAAGCAUAUUAAUAAAUAAACAAAAUAAAUCUUUAUUAUUAAUUAACACAACUAUUGUUGACUGCAUUCUGUAAAUUCAGCUGGUAUUGUUUACCCUCAGGAAUAAAAAAAAAGGGCAUUUGUAUGAAAAAUCAAUGGCUGAAUAUAUCGAAGAAGUAAAUAAAAUAAAUACUUGUAUCAUCGUAUACUGAAUCACCGAAAUUAUUCUCUUUAGUAGUGCUUAGCUAAUAAGUCGUACAUAAUCGAUAAAAAUUUAUUCAAACGCAUCUAUCGGUCAAUUGACUCGUGCAUUUUGUCUAUUAAUUAUUUUUUUAAUUAUUAACUAUAAUUAUUAUUCUCAUUUAUUGAAAGUAAUUGAUGUAAACACGUAAUUAAGUGUUAUAAGUUAAUAUGAGAAACCCAUAAACAUAAAACGUGUGAAUGAGUUUGUAAACAAUGUAAAAAUAUUCGUACAAUUAUUUGUGAGUGUAAUUUAAAAGUUUAAACAAGUUUAAUAAAAUAAGUUGACUUAUAAUUUAUGAUUAUAAUAUUAAUAAUAAUGGUAAUAUUAAUCCAUAAAAUCAAUACUAAAUAUUAACGAUUAUAAUAAAUUGGGCUAAAAAAGUAAAUAAUAAAAACACUUGCAGAUGUUGUACGUUUACUUUUAAAUGUAUUAUUUGUAACGAUUAAUUAUUUGUCAAGAAUAAAGUCUUAGUACAAAAAAUGUAAAAAAAAAAAAUACAAAA